GAGAGAAAUAAAAGAGAGAAAUCAACAGGCAAGGGAGAGACGGAGAGGGAGAAAGAGACACCUGCAGCCCUGCUCCACAGCUUGUGAAGCUCGUUCCCUGCAGGCGGAUGGGAUGGGGGGAUUGAAGCCAGGUCCUUGUGCAUUGCAGCAGGCGUCCUCCAAGGCUGCGCCACCACCCAGCCCCUCAACUGCGGCUCCUUUCAGCCUCUGUGGCCACUCCUGCUCCUCCCGCUCACGGCCAGAGUACAGGAGGCCGGCUGCAGCUCUGCUCUUUCUCAAGCGCCAGCAGGGGACAGUCUCUGGUGUGUGGGGCCAGGGACGCCCCUUCCAUGUUGAGCCACAGCAGGCCUCCCUCAGAUCCCACUGGCUCCUGUCCCUGACCCAGCCUGGGCGCUUCACCCUGGGUGUUCAGUGGGUGGGUCAGAGUGCGCCCCUUGCUCUGGGAACCCUGUUGUGCUGCCCCUGCCCAUGUAUCUGCCCAGCCCUCCACUGUGAGCAGGGUCACCCUGUUUUGGGACCCCUGCCCCUGCCCAUUCUGGUCUGACCUGCAUCUCCCUGUCUGUCCCCCACCCAAGGGCUGGCUGAGUUCCUCCUGGUCCCCCACCUCCCCAGUGACCAUUCCAGCCCCCCUGCAGAUGUCUGACUCCAGGAGAGCAUGUGGCCUCGCUCAGUAGCUGCUCAGAUGCAGUGGGGUGACUGUUCCAGUCCAGGGGAGAAGAUGGUGGGUCUAGGGGCUGGGAGAAGCCAGACCUGGAUGUGACAGAACAGGUAGGUUCCAGGCCUCUCUGCCUACACUGGACACUGCUCUCUGCAGAUCUCGGAGAGCCAGGUCACAGUGCCAGGCGUGUGAGGUGUGAGCACAGUCAGGUCCGUGGCACCAGGAGUAGAGGCGGCCCUGCCCUGCAUGACUCUCACUGUGUCUCCAUGGAUAAUGCGUGAAUGGUGAGAGAGAGCGGCACAGAGCACUGCUUGGCUCUGGCAGGGGCGGUGGUGGAGAACCUGGAGUGGCCACUGACCACUGCCCACCCCCAGGUCCACCCACCGGAGCCCGGACGCUGGGGGCCAUGUCUAACCUUUCGCAGGUGGUGGAGUUCGAGCUGUGCGGCUUCCAGGUGGGCCCGAGGCUGAGGGGCCUGCUCCUCCCGCUCUUCCUGGUGUUCUACGCCCUGGCUCUGGGUGGCAACACCCUCAUAGUCACAGCCAUCGCCCUCAGCUCAGCUCUGCACACGCCCAUGUACUUCUUCCUGGUCAACCUGUCAGUGCUGGACGUGGCCUGCGCCAGCGCCGUGGUGCCCAAGCUGCUGGCCGUGCUGGCGGGAGGGCCGGCCGGCAUCUCCUAUGGGGGCUGCAUGGCACAGAUGUUCUUCCUGUCCUGGACGGUGGCCAGUGAGGUGCUGCUCUUCACCGCCAUGGCCCUGGACCGCUACAUGGCCAUCUGCCACCCGUUGCGCUAUGGCACCCUGAUGCGGCCGGCUGUGUGUGGGGCACUGGCCACGGGCGUGUGGGCACUGGGUGGGCUGGGCUCGGGGAUCAACACAGGGCUCAUGCUGCGCCUGGCCUUCUGCGGCCCGCGCCCGCACCGGGUGCAGCACUUCUUCUGCGAGAUCCCCCCGCUGCUGCAGCUGGCCUGCUCCUCCACGCGCCUCAACGACAUCAUGGCCGUGGUGGCCGACUUCUUCUUUGCGGUGCUGAACUUCCUGCUGACCGUGGCGUCCUACGGCUGCGUCAUCGCUGCCAUCCUGCGGAUGCGCUCGGCCGAGGGCCAGCGCCGUGCCUUCUCUACCUGCUCUUCACACCUGCUGGUGGUCAGCCUGUACUACUCCACCGUCAUCUACACCUACCUGAGUCCCGGUUCCCGAUAUGCCCCUGGGCCUGGCAGGGUGCUGGCUGUGCUCUACUCGGUGGUGAACCCGGCCCUGAAUCCCCUCAUCUACUCCCUGAGGAACAAGGACGUCAAGGCUGCCCUCCGGCGGGUCUGUGCUCUCCUAGCUCAGAAGCUAUAGUGGAGGGUUUGCUGGAGGCACCAGGGUCACCCUGUCCUGGGCUCCAGUGCCCAGAAGCACCCAGCCUCACCUGGACAGGCCUCCUGCACAAGGCCAGACAGCUCGUGCGGGGCACCCAGAGGUGGGCUUGAACUGCCAGCAGCAUGACGUGUGGGAAUGCAGCACAGAGACAGCUGCUCCUGUCUGUAGCCCUGACCUCGGGCUUGAGCCCAUUACAUGGGCUUUGUGUGGGCCACUUUCCCAAGGCCUCUGCCAGUUUCUGCCUGGGGUGGAGUGGGGACGGGGGUCCAGGUGCUCAGACACAGGGACUGAGGUAAACAGAACCCAGGAGAAACAAGCUGCAGUGGCCCUGUGGGGCAGGCUUGUGGGUGAGGUCAGAGCAAGGCUGGGCCCCUGGGCCCAGAGGUUCCAAGGGCUUCGUGCCCAGAGGGGACCAUGUGCCGCGUGUCUGCAAGUGUCAGCGGUGAACGACUCAGCUCCUGGGACAGGACACAGCUCUGUGCCACCUUGCAGGGUUUCCCCACAGCCUGGGCACUGCCUUGUCUGCACCAGCUACUCAGGGUGCAGAGGACCUCGCUGGGACGGAGACUGGCUUGGCUCUUCAGGGAGCACUGCGGGGAGGAGGCUUACAAGGCCCAGCUUAGCCUGAGCAGAUAGGCCACCUUGGCCAGAGGAAGCUCUCUGCCUCUCACCUUUUCAGCAGCUUCUUUUAGAAAAGGAAUCUGUCGGGUCCAUGGCAGAAGCUGGAUGUCUGUGUGUCUGUGUGAGUGUAUUUUGGAGUGUGCACACUGUGUGGACAUGCUCACAUGCGUGUGUCUGUGUGCAUCUCUGUGGCCAUGCACGUGUCUGUGCACCCCCAUGUCCACGUGUCUGCCUCUGCACCUGUGUGUCGCAUACCUGGGCUUUUUGAAUGAACUCUCUUUAGAGCCUCAUCUGCAGGAUUCAGCAAGGUUCUGGCUCAAACUGCCUGUCAGAGCUGCUGAAGCUGCUCAGAGGUCUGGAUCUGACCUGUUCCUGAAGGUGCGCCUUCAGCUCCUGGGUGUUCCAGGAGAAACCCCACCCCCACCCCCACCAUAGAGAAGGCUGACCUGGGGAGGAUGUGAGAAAUGGGAGUUCUCAGUCACUCACCCUCAAGAUAAGGAAGAUGGAGUACUCUGGAGAUAAGAGGCCAGGCGGUGGUGAACCAGGUUAAAUGCACACAUUACAGUGUGCAAAGACCUGGGUUCAAGCCCCUGGUCCCCACCUGCUGGGGGAAAACUUCAUGAGUGGUAAAGCAGGGCUACAGGCGUCUCUCUUUCUCUCUCCCUCUCAAUUUCUCUCUGUCUCUAUCUAAUAAUAAAUAGAAACAAACAUA